UAUCUCUUCUCUUCCCGCCAGGCUCCCCCGUUAGCUAAACCAUGAGGUCGGCCUGUCUCUCCCUGCUCCUGGUCACCGCCUGCUGGGCGCUGCCCUUCCGCCAGUCUGGCGUUCUGGACUUCACGAUGGAGGACGAGGCGGGCUCCGGGCUCCCUGACGUGGUCACAAUACCAGAAGUGUAUUCCCCCGCAGGGCCCGUGGGAGCCAGAUGCCCCUUCCGCUGCCAGUGCCACCUCCGCGUGGUCCAGUGCUCCGAUCUUGGUCUGAAGAAGAUUCCUGAGGACAUCCCAGACGACACCACUCUGCUGGAUCUGCAGAACAACAAGAUCACCGAGAUCAAAGAGAACGACUUCAAGAACCUCAAGGGCCUCCAUGCCCUGAUCCUGGUGAACAAUAAGAUCACCACCAUCCAUGCCAAGGCCCUCAGCCCCCUGACCAAGCUGCAGCGCCUCUACCUGUCCAAGAAUAUGCUGAAGGACCUGCCAGCCAACAUGCCCAAGAGCCUGCAGGAGCUCCGCAUACACGAGAACGAGAUCACCAAGAUCAAGAAGGCCUCCUUCCAGGGCCUGUCCCAUGUCAUCGUCAUGGAGCUCGGGUCCAACCCCCUGAAGGGCUCAGGGAUUGAGGCCGGUGCCUUCGCUGACCUGAAAAAGGUCUCCUACAUCCGUAUUGCAGACACCAAUAUCACCGACAUCCCCAAAGGUCUGCCCAGCUCUCUGUCUGAGCUGCACCUCGACAGCAACAAGAUCACCAAAGUGACGGCCGACAGCCUCAAGGGCCUGAAGAAUUUGGCUAAGCUGGGUCUGAGCUACAAUGAGAUCAGUUCUGUGGAGAACAGCACGCUGGCCAACGUCCCCCACCUGAGAGAGCUGCACUUGGACAACAAUGCCCUGGCGACUGUUCCCCCCGGCCUUCCUGAUCACAAGUACAUCCAGGUGGUCUAUCUCCAUGCUAACAAGAUCGCUGCUGUGGGAACAGAGGACUUCUGUCCCCCCGGCUUCAACACCAAGAAGGCGAUGUACUCUGGCAUCAGCCUGUUCAGCAACCCGGUGCCGUACUGGGAGGUCCAGCCCAUCACCUUCCGCUGCGUCUUCGACCGCUCCGCCAUCCAGCUCGGCAACUACAGGAAGAAGUAGAGAGGCCCCGCCCCCGUUAAAGAGGAAGCGUGUGUUUGUGAGUGAGCGUGUGAACGUUUUCUAAGUGUGUGCAUGCUUGUGUGUGUGUGUGUGAGUGUGUGUGAGUGUGAGUGUGAGUGACCACAGCCCCACAACCCCCCCCCCUCCUCCUCCUCCUCUCCUGCAAUAGAUAAUGUCAUCAGUCCACAUGAAUAUUCUAGCAACUCGGACAUGGCAUGGAAGUGAAUAUGGUAAAAUAGUGGACAUUGACCUCACACACAGUUUAUCAUUUUCAGAAAGGCGUUAUUCAGUCAUAUCCACCGCUUCAGGGUUGGUGUGGAAACACUGCCUACAGUUUAUCACCAGUAGCAUAGUCGUACAGCGACCCGCUCACGCCAAUUAGAUGUUCAGUAGAAACCACCGUCACGUCGUGCCAGGUCAGGCCAGGCCGGUUCAUUUAGCCGUACCAUUGCAGAUAAGCUCACGCCCUCAUCUCAUCCGACCCCCCCGUGUCGCCUUGUAGCGUGUGCAAUUCACUCGGUGGAUGAAAUGAAAAUCAGCAGCAAGAUGAACCAUAACCACUCUGAAAAGAUUUUUUACGUUCUCUUUCGGUGGGAUAAAACAUCGAGAAAUCCCGGUCUGGUAAAUUCCCGGCUCUCCGGAGCCCAAGCCAUCGUAUGAAUUACAAGAAGGCUUGCCUGUAGAGCAGGCAAAAAAAAAAAAAAAAAAAAAGGGGUUAUCUUGUGUUUUACAGUACCUUUAACAACUGGUAUACUAGAAUGUACUAGAUAUUACCUGUGUAGUAGGAAUAGUAUUCCGAGUGUUGCAUUAACGUGCUGCACGCUGUGGAAAACAAAAAAUCGUUAUUUUCUAUUUGUAUUGUACUCAAUUCAAGUAGAGAUAAAAAGCAAUUGUGUCUUCUA